AUGAUCGCAAAAAUCACGGAAACGCUGCAGCGCAAUAACCUUUGCCUGGAGGACAAACGAUUCCUUUGCGAUGACGGCAUCCAGCUCUCCAUUAGUCCACAUUCACAAGAUAUUCGUCCUCAAAUUCUAUUUGGUUGUACAGAUCUAUUUUCGCUGAUCAAAAACGAAUUUGCACUGCAACACAUGCUACCUCCUGGACUACGCUUCAUCCUUUCGAAGCUGGGCUACCUGGUUGCGGGUCGAUCGAACAAGGGCACAACAGUUAGUGAAAAUGGCAUCGACAUAGAAUCGAAUGAAAUCAACGAUGGAACGGCAGUCAGUACCCUCAAAACUUCUUCAAACAAAGACUCUCUAGAGUCUUGA